GCCUUGAAUAUUUGAUCAAAAAAGCCGAAAUAUUAUAUUGUGUUACAUGACAACAAAAAUAUAUUGAAAGGCAUUUGAGAAACCAUGCAUAAUACUAUUCAUUGAACAGAUGAAAAAAUACCAGAAUUUUUUGUCGUAAAAAUGUCGGGUUAGACCAGCCGUCUUUUUUUAAGCUGUCAUUUGGUGAUGAACUUCAUCCUGUUUUGUGUUCUACUUUCAUCCACUGUAGGAUUAGAUGCAUUCACAUUACACGAAAUGUUUGCAACGAGAUACAGUAGGACGGUGAUGGGUAAAAUGCUACACGAAAAUCUUAAAGCCAUAAAUAGUGAUCCUAUUGAUAUAACUCAGUGGUAUGCUGUCAAUAUGUCUCUGUUCAAUCAAGAUGUGCUUGAGAAGUUUAUUCAAUUUGACGUUGAUGAAGAGUCUCAAGAGUUUUUAGAAAAUUGUAAUGAUAAAACAAAUUAUGUGUUUACUCAAAUGGCACACACUGUUAUUAAAAAUGUUCUGCGCUUUUUCAUAUCUGUUACAACAAUUAAUGGAAUUCUGAACAGAGGCUCAAUGUUUGUAUUCUCUAAUGCCCAGUUUCGAAAGCUGAUGAACAUCCCUGAAGGAUGGAAAGCAACAUCAUUACUUGACCUUGGUGCAGGUGAUGGCAAGGUUACAAAAAUGAUGGCAAAUCAUUUUGAAAAGAUUUAUGCUACUGAACAAUCACCUAGCAUGAGAUGGCGACUACGGCAAAUGAACUACGAAGUAUUGGAAAUUGAUGAUUGGAUGUCAAGAACUUAUGAUGUCAUCAGUUGUUUGAACUUACUAGACAGAUGUGACAAACCUUUAACUUUGCUUGAAAACAUUCGACAAUCAUUGAAUGAAAACAGAGGUCGAUUAAUAGUUGCUGUAGUAUUGCCAUUCAAGCCUUGUGUUGAAUCAGGCACAAAAAUUAUCAAACCCAGUGAAAGAAUUCCUGUGAAAGGGAAGCACUGGGAAGAGCAGUUGCAAAGUUUUAUAUAUGAUGUCUUUAUUCCUGCUGGAUUCAUUGUUGAAGCUGUCUCAAGACUUCCAUAUCUAUGUGAGGGUGAUAUGCACAAAGAUUUUUAUGUUUUGAGCGAUGCUAUAUUUGUGUUAAGACCACAUUUGUAGAUAAGGAUGAAAUAUGAACAGUGUGCGAAUUAGUUCAGAAAAAACGAUGUGCAAUUUUUUUGACAAAAGUGUUUCUUUAAAGGCAUAAUCAAAUCGAU